AUGCUUCCAGCGGUCGAGGUUUUGAGAGAUGAGGUGAUCAAGCGAGUGAGAGCCUUUGCCGCGCAACCUCAGAGGGUCGACGCCGCCAAGAUCAAGACCUCCCGCGAGAUCGAGUUGGAGGCUGAGAUUCAGGAGAUGAGGAGAAGGUUGGAGGAGGUCUCGGUGUCGGCAGCGAGGCGAGCCCAGGCCAACCAUUGUACCGUGUUGGAUCGAGACAUGGUAGCCGGAUUGGUGAAGCUGGAUUUCGCCAAGUGCGUCAUCUACCCAGAGACCCAAGGUUGUGUUGAGACGAACUACGGUAGAGGAGGGAUGAAGGCGCUUGUGGAUGCGUAUUAUAGCAGAAAGGCGCAGAGUGAGGCCACCACCCAAGUAAUGCAGGUUACGGUUGAGGAGGACGUUGUGCUCGCCCUAUUUAAAAGCGUCGAGCCGGCAGAGGAGAUAGGAAAGCAGAAGGAGAUGUUCAUCUUGAUGACCAAGAGGAAACUCUUUGAGGGUCUUGAGAACCAUAACGAGGGUUUUGUUCUGAAGAAGGGGUCAGACAAAGUCGAGGUGGUGGAUGCUAGCACCAGUACGGAAAAGAAGGAGAAGCGUUUCACUGUCACAGUAUCAUAG